UGUUAUCAUGCCAGGGAACUGUGCCACAGUGUUUACGAGCGCAAGCCAAGUCGUUGCAACGAGAGCAACGGUUACAGGGGAGACUGCAAAACCUGAGCAGAGACCGAGAAACAAGCAGAAAUCAAAACAUAAUCACAUAGUUGUUGGUUUCUCAUGGUUUGAUUUAUGCCUCUUCACAUUUCUCAAUCAGAGGCAGAGGAGACUCUACUACAAAACAAUGCAGAGGAAUUCAGCCAAGCAAUGAAAAACAAUAUUCUGUUACAAACUGCCAAGGCCCCACUUCCUGCUGAAGAGCCCCGAAAAUUUGGCUAAUGGAUCGGCGCGUGUGGGUAAGAUUUGGCCUAAACUUAGUUAAAUUUAGUUAAAGAAUCGCCUAGAUCCAGCCCCCAAUUAGGCCUAGAAGUGUUGGGGGGGGCGUUUGGUUAAGCUGGGAUCUGAUUGGGGAAGGGAGAGAAGACUGGAGGAACAGCGUGCCAGAUUAGGGCAAUAUGCCGGACUCGGAGUUGGAUUGGAGGGCAAGCUGAAGAUUUGUGGCAUAUUACUAUGUAUUAUUACCUUAUCGCUCUCUGCUUGUCUGCAGGAAUUUGUGAUUCUUUUCACCCAUGAAUUCUUCUCAUUGAGCAUAAGGGCAAAAGGGGAGAAAAGGAUAGGGUGUUAACAGGAGACAAAGCUCUGGUCCUCCAGCCCCAGAUUUACCCCAUCGCUGGAAGCGGGACCUAGAUAAUAAUCGGGAAAACUGUCCAGAUCCGUGGUUAUACAGGCAGAGGAUCGUUUUAAUCUCUUUGUUUGUUUGUGCUGGUUGUCGUUGCUUUUCCUUUCUUUCUCUUCGUUUGGGUAGUUAACCUAUGUACGGAGUACUACUAUGUAACCCUCUCCCCAACUCCCUUCCUCUGCUCUAAAGAUCUCCAUCUUUCAUCGGAACCAACGCUCGCUUUCAUUCUUGGAUACAAAGGGACUAUCUCUUGUUCCCUUUUAACCCUCCUUUUCCAGCCUAAUUGACCCCCCCCAGCCCUCGUUUUCCAGCCCCUCCUGGCCCCGCCUCGUUCAACAGUCUCAAACAAACAGACCAAUUGCGCUACGGUCGGGAAACGAUUCCACUCCGCCACCAACCAACCAGUUUUUCUGUCUUGUUGGAGUCCCGAUUGAACUGAUUGCCUGACCGGGCAUUUGCUUUGCCCAGAGCCUCGUUGUGCGCUCUGAUUUCUUGACCCUCGCCGCAUUUUUCCUGUGUUUGCUGUUUCGUAUCUCCAGUUCCAACCACAAAACUCUUUCUUCGCAAUUUUCUCCCUGCUUCUCGUCCGCACCAGUUGUUCAAAUAAGUAAUCAGGUGCUAAAAAGUAACAGUCGCAUCUGCCCAGCGAGAUCGUUUUGGUGUUCUGGUUUGCGCUGGCAUACAUCUGACUCGUACCUGUCAGCCUAGAGCUCAGUGCCAGCAACCAGAUCAACAUAUCAUCCAACCACUUUUGGCAGCUUAUCAUCUCUCCUUUUCCUGACUUUAUAUCAUUUCUUCUUUUCCUCUCUAUUGCCGUGCUCGUUUUCUCCUCCUCCUCGAUGCAGUGACCCUUUGCCGCAAUGGGCUCCCCUCGUUAUUCGGAGCUAGGACUGUCCUUGGGAAUCCUCGAGGAGGACCUACGUUGGUACUGGAAGUUAUUAGCAAGCAUCUCAGCUUGGCUUCUUCUCGCUGGAUUUGUUGUUUUCCCUCUUGCGAUCGAUAACAAUGCGGACGAUAUGCGCGGCGGCCAGUUUGCUUUGGCCGCUACCGGCACAGCCCUCGUCGGCGUUGGCUACCUGGUGUGCGUUGGUUUCUGUUUGCGAUGGAGGAAGAAGCAUUAUUUGGUCGACUUCAUUUUCAUACCGUGCUUCGGAUCGAGCCUUAUAGGCGUCUUUAACGUAGCCUUGAAUAUUUUAGUAAGGCGGCUAACACCCCUCACCGCCCUCUCUAUCGCAGUCAUCACCAUUUCCACCGUUUCUACUGCUGCAUUUGGAGCUGCAGCUAUUUACAACUCUCAUAAUGUUGUUUUCGUACCGCGACGUUACGCCUUCCGGCGGGGACGGAACGGGGAGGUUUCUGUCGAUGACGCAGAACUGCAACGAAGACAGCUUCUGCGACUUUAUUUACAGCAAGAUGCAGACCGGGCACCCAGUCCUGAGGUCACUCAGAGCACCUUCCGCAUCGAUCUCCCUGAUCCGGGCUUAGAUGGAGACGAAGAAUUAACAGUCAAACCGCCAAGAUCACCCUACGAACGCCCUCUACCACCCUCUCCACCACCUGGUUAUGCCCCAGGCAGGAUAAGUAAUCGAUCAUUACCACAUAAUGGGAGUAUUCGAAAAGGCACACCUCCUGGAAGAACGCGACCCCAUCGACAUGAACCGAGAGAAAUGAGACGAUCCAUUGUCGAACUAGGCGAUCUAUAACCAUUUGUCUAUCCCAUAUAUCGAUAUAAACAUACCUAUAUAUCAUCCACGACAGAAACUAGAUGGCUUUGGAAAACAUUCAAAGUUACGUCCGUUUUUCAGGGGUAGAUGCCCUUCAUUUUUCGAGUUUCUGUACCAUGAUGUCUUUCAUUUCUUUUUUUUCUUUUUCUUUUUUUUUUUUUUUUUUUUUUUUUUUUUUUUUUUUUUUUUUUUUUUUUUAAAGUCGGUUUUGCAGAGCGGUUUUAGCGAUAUCCCGGUAGGCGUACGUUUCCAAUUUCACGUUACUUUUUAUAUAUCUCUCUUUUCUCUAUUCUUCCAUUCUUUGAUUUUUGUUUCUAUCUCUUUAUUUUAUUUUAUUUUAUUGUUUAUUUUUUUUAUUUUUUUUUAUUUUUGGAUUUGUAUAACUUUUAACGCGAUUCCAUGUCGUUCGGAUUCCUGAACGAUUUCUUAUUCAGACCCUACGCUACUACUAUUAUCCUAUCCCCCUCACUUCUUUUCGUUGUCUUGAUGAUUGGCUAGCCCAAAUCUUUCUAUUUCACGAGCGGCAAAACGGGGUGAGCAUAUGUUAUGAAGGAAAGAUACAAUCAUGAGAUAAUAAUCAAUGCGACAACGUCAAUAUAACGUCAUUGACUAAACAGAUUCCUUCACAUAUGAUGGAAAUAUAUAACGGACGAGGCCCGUCCCCCUAUCAUAUAUUUGCCGAUCGAUUAUCAUGAAAUGCUGCUCAUCCUCAUCCAUACCCUUUCCCUGACAUCAGAGAAUGGGAAGGGGAAAAUCAGCACAAAAGGAACAAUCAUGAUCAGAGCAAGAGCAACAGAUCCCUGGGCAUACAUACUACUGCCCUACUUCAAGAAUGAUCCGUUUGUCUUCGCAAGCUGCUCAUCAUAAUACCCCUGGAAAGCCAACCAACCCUUAUCCGGGCCACCAACCUGCUCCGCCGUUACCUCCGCUUCUUCCUCGCCAAUCAAAAUCUUCUUAUACCCAGACCCAGCUGCCGCCGCAUCCGCCAACAGCUGCGCAUGACACGUCUUGUCCAGACUAAUAAACCAAAACGCCGCCUCAUCCACACUCUCGCCAACCGUCAGCAGCCCAUGAUUCUGCAAAAUCACCGCCUUGCCAUCCCCUAGCGCGCGGGCGAUAUUAAUGCCCUCUUCGCGGUCCAGCACCACGCCGCGGAAUUCGCCGUAGACGGCGUGGGAUUUGUAGAAGCGCAGCGCGUCCUGGGUCAUCAUGUCGAGUUCGCGGCCGAAGACGGAGAAGGCUUUGCCGUAGACGCUGUGAGCGUGGCAGGCGGCGUUAACGUUGGGACGGGCCUUGUGAAUCUCGGAAUGGAUGGCGAAGGCGGCUGAGUUUAUGGGCUCGGUGCCGAUGACGACGUCACCGUCUUCGUUGACUAGGAUUAGGUCUGAGACGGAUAUUUGGGAGAAGUUUUGGGAGAGUGCGUUUAGCCCUGUUUGCGUUCUUUGGGGUUAAUGUUGUUUUGUGGUGGGGGUGUAUUUUGGGUCUUGGCAAGUAGAGGGCAGUAGAUUUGAGAUAUACAUAAUCUCAUUUCCAUAAUGAGACCCUCGCACCCCUUCACAUUUAUGCUUCCUCCCUUUCCCUAUAUGCGGCCGCCAAGGAAUAGGGGAAAUGGGGAAAUUGGCGAAGACAAAGCAAGAGUGGAGAAAACGUACAAAAAUGAUCCGUCAAAAUCGGAUCUCUGACAGAGAUGUGGCCCGCCACACCCUCAUCGAAGCCGCGAUCAGCAAAAACCCGAAACGCCGCUGCCAGAUGCUGCUUGCGGUAAAGGCGCUCUUCCUCUAGGCUGUUGAAUUUGGGAUAUUGCCUGAUGUUUAGCUGCUGGCCGGUCACUGUGCGAUUGCGCAGCUGGACCUGCUCAAUGGCCGCUCCAGGCUUUUGCUCUUGCUGGGAGCUGGCGUUUUUGUUCGCGGGAACAAUCGGGUUGGUGAGAUCUUCUCUGACGACGGAAGGGGCCAUGGUUUAUUCUUUUUACUUUUCUCUUUCCUUGGAUUCUUUUUUCUUCGCGUUUCACGCGCAGUGGUUUGCUUUUCGUCUACGCAUGUACGUAAUGUAUGGAUGCAAUUAUCGAGAAUUAUCAUAACAAGUAUAAAAUGUACUACAUCCCUUUCCCCUCCCGACCUCACCCGCCG